AUGAUCGGCCAGGUGCGCUUCAUCGAUAAGGAGAUGGCCAUCUUCUCGGCAUGCGCAUUUCCUAGCAAUACAUCACUCCCCAAGGACACCAUCCAGUUACCUGCCGCCUUCGAGCUUGAAAAGUCUCAUGAACGUACAUCUACAUCUGGAGUGUGCCUGCGUACUGAGGACCAAGAUCAGAGAUGCAACGAAGAUAUAAUACCCGCCGGCCCCGUGAACAUCCAGUUACCUGCCGCCUUCGAGCUUGAAAAGUCUCAUGAACGUACUUCUACAUCUGGAGUGUGCCUGCGUACUGAGGACCAAGGUGAGAGCAAAUGA